AUCACGAAGAACGAGACCAGGACCCCGUGACAAUGACGACCGAGGCAGAUGCGAUGAUGGAGGAUGCUUCGGCAGCCGUGGAAACGGGCAAGGGCAAAGGCAAGGCUAAGGCUUCAGAUCAGACGCAGGAUGAGCAGACAGACCUGUUGCCGUGGGUUGAAAAGUACCGGCCCGCAACGCUCGACGAUCUCGUAUCGCACAAGGACAUCACGGCCACGAUCGAGAAAUUCAUCGAAAAGAAUCGGCUCCCACACCUCCUCUUCUACGGACCUCCCGGGACAGGAAAGACAUCCACAAUCUUGGCGAUGGCGAGGAAAAUUUAUGGACCGAACUACCGGAAUAAUGUACUGGAACUGAAUGCAUCGGACGACCGCGGCAUCGAUGUAGUGAGGGAGCAAAUCAAGAGCUUCGCGAGCACGAAGAACGUCUUCAGCAACCAAGGCGGUUUCAAGCUCAUUGUCCUCGAUGAGGCGGAUGCUAUGACGACUGCCGCCCAAGGCGCGCUCCGGCGAGUCAUCGAGCAGUACACGCGCAACGUCCGCUUCACCAUCAUCUGCAACUACGUCAACAAGAUAAUUCCCGCUAUCCAGUCGCGGUGUACACGCUUCCGUUUCAACCCGUUGGAGCUUGACCAGGUUGAAGGAAGACUGCAGCAUGUCAUCGAUAGCGAAGGGUGCAACUUGACGCAGGAUGGGAAGGAGGCCCUCAUUAAGCUUUCUCGCGGAGAUAUGCGAAGGGCGCUCAAUGUUUUGCAGGCUUGUCAUGCCGCGUAUGACCGCAUAGAUGAGACAGCCGUGUACAAUUGUACGGGCAAUCCUCACCCGGCUGAUGUCGAAAAGAUUGUUGACACAAUGAUGAAUGCCGAAUUCACCACGGCGCACAAACACGUUUCGGAGCUCAAGGUGUCGAAAGGGAUGGCGCUAGCCGACAUGGUCAACGGCAUCUAUGACAUCAUCUCGACAUACAAGUUGCCACCGCAGACAAGAAUCUACCUCCUAGAUCAGCUCGCCCAAAUCGAACAUCGGCUGAGCACUGGCGGGUCGGAAAAGAUCCAAAUGUCGGCUCUAUUGGGCGCAGUCAAGAUUGCGAUGCAGCUUUCGCAAAACAAGGCCUAGUGUCACCUUUCUCCCUUCCCUUGCAUCGACAGCCGACAACCGAAAAUGAACUUUGUUCAUGAACUGAUCUAAACAUCGAAACCACGCUUUGAAAGAGAAAGAGAAAUGAUUGAGAGGUCAAAAGCGUC